AUGGAGUUUCGCGGAGAUCGAAUCGAGAAGGUGUUGAUAAAGGAAGUCGACAACGAUAAUAGCUCUAUCGAUGAGCCUUUAGCAGACUCACCGCCCUCAUUGUGGCAGGCCUACGAGGGCCAAGAUUUCGAAGAACCAACGGUCGACAGCAUGUCAGCUCUUGCUGAGCUCUCCGUUACAGAAGAUGGCGCCGAGUUCCUGGAUUUAGACGCUGUUAUCCGGGCUUUAGACGACUGGGCCGUCAAGGACAAGUUCUGCUUCUGGACGAAGAAGCGCGACGUUAAUGGAGCCACAAGCAAUUUGGCCGGCUGGCUAGCUGGAAUUAUCACGGAAACUGCAGCCAAUUACAUAUCGUAGAAUAGGGCCCCACGGGUAUUCUAUUUUUUACGCAAAGGUCAGGGUAUUCUGUUCUUUACAUGGAUUCUGCCGCAUUUAGUCAGCAUCGCUAGCCCCAUGCCUCACUGUAGCCAACCAUGUUUCCCGCCUAUAACACAGGUCCCACGGCGGAGGCCAAAGAAGAGGUUCCAGAAGGAGGACCCACGGAGGAGAGUUGGCAGGGGAGAGGGAGCUUCUGGUGGCGGUGUUCUACUUGUGGGGAGCAGGGCCACAAUAUGAGAACCUGCUGGUGCCCGCAUGAGUAGGGCGCUUUCACGAGUAUGGUAGGAGCAUAGUCAGUGGAGCAGCGGUGUCAAAUGGGACAUCAGGGUCAAUAGAGUCACGAAGGAAGCCGAAGGCGUCAGCAGGGUAUAUAAAUCUUUUAUUAAAGCUCAGGGUAUAUGAAUCUUUACAGGGGUGGUGCACGGUAUAUAGAUCUUUGCCCUAUAUUGUAAUACCGGCCCUAAUCGGACCACUAAGCCACCACGUAGGUGGCGUAGGACUGGCAUGCAUAUACAGGGCAGACUAUUGCCAGGCAAAGCUGGGCGUAGGAUCGGCAUAAGCCUCGUAGAACUACGGAGGCGUAGGAUAAGCACCAGCUUCAUAGAAGCUGGGCAUAAGGAUC